AUGAGCCUGAGUGUGGACAGCAUGCAAUGGGAUCCCCUGUUUGAGUUGCUGCGCUUCAUCCGCCGGCGGAGGCGGGAAGAGGUGCUGGGAAUGGGUGGAGACGCGGCGGUGGUUGCAGGGGACUGGUUGGCCCAGUUGGAGCCCAGUAUGAGUUCGCUAUCACCUACGGCAACACUAUGGUGGACUUCCUUGAUGGAGCGGGUUAAGGACUUGUACACCUUGUGGCUGGAGAGUGCUCCGGUGACGAGGCUUACCAUCCGGCAGCAGGUGUUGUCGCGUCGGCCUCCUCCAGACCGUCAUCAUCGAGUGGAGCAAAGAGCGGCGAUGCUACUCUUGGAUGCGCUGCCUGAGGAGCUACGACAUGAAGCGGUGAGCGCCAGGGCUGUGACUGCGGAGGCGAUGGUGUUCAUGGUUCACUGCGGCUACCAGCCCGGGGGGACGGGGGAGAAAGCCCACUUGCUUCAGUUUCUUACGGGGCCGGAGACAGGGAACGGCUUGGACAACACCCUCAACCUGGCCCGGAAGACUAUGCCUACCUGA